AUGGAGAACGUCGACGACGAGCUUCUGGAGAAGAUGAUCGACGCUGUGGAGAAGGUGACCCUUGAUUCGGAGAGGCCGAAGGAGAACGCUCUUUCUCCGGUGAUUCUGAAGCAGAAUGAGAAGAAGCAGAUCUUACGCGACCAUUGCUUUUUUUCGGUGCUGGAGACUCUGAUGAAGAAUGUGAUCCACUUCUUUCCGGUGGAGGACUAUGCUGAAAUGGUACUGGUGUAA